UCAAAAACUCCCAGAACAGGUUUGGCAGCAUUUCUCAGUUUAGCAGCCCUACAUUACUCAAGUUGACAAAACAUUUCAGUCACUAGUCCUGGACCAAGACCGCACUAACCUACAUCAGUUGUUGGGAUGAACUCCGAACCUCUCACAGACUGGGAAAGUGGCCUUUGUGACUGCUUUGAAAAUGCCAGCACUUGCUGUUACGGGUUCUGGUGUUGCCCCUGCCUGGCCUGCACAGUCGCAGGGAAAUAUGGAGAGAACCGUUGUCUGCCAUUAUGUGACAUCUUCAGCCCAGGUGUGUGUGUAUCUUGUGGGAUCCCCGUGUUUUUGCCCCCUGCAGUCUUGUCUUUGAGGGCGUCCAUGCGAAGCAGAUAUGGUAUCAAGGGCUCCCUCUGUAAGGACAUCCUCGCUUCCUGUUUCUGCAUGUGGUGCAGCUGGUGUCAGAUGCACCGUGAGCUUAAACACCAGCGCAAGACGCCAACAAUCAUCAACGUGCACAACCAAACUGUUGUCCAGCAGCCUGCUCCAGUGGUGAUCAUGCAGUCAACACCUGCAGUGCCUCCUCCUUAUGGUGCUCACUAUUAGGAUGUAGCACAUGCAGCAUUAAGGUGUACUGUACUGAACUUUGUUUUUCCCGAUUUAGCCUGUCUGUACUUGAUACAUUUGUUUCUCCUCACUUAUGUAAUAACCAUCCUUACUUUGACUAAACUAAGAGUACAACCAAUUUUAAGAGAUUCAUUGGGGAUGUAGUCUCGUGACUCUUUGGGAGACAUUGAGCCAAAGCAAUUUACUAAGAAUAUAAAUAUACAGAUUUACAAUGGUAGUCUAAAAAAAAAUGACUAUGAUCUUUUAAAUGAUGAAUGUGAAAUUGUGUGUUGUGCAAUUAAAAAUGAGUCAACUC